GAUGGAGGUUUGGGUGAUGAAGAAAGGCGCACGUGUUUUGCUCUUCUUCGCCGCGCUGGUUGCAAUGGUGAUUGUCAUCAGUUUCAGCUACGUCUCACUGCAGACAACCGUCAAAUAUACCCACGCCAAACUCAAGUUGAUCGGUGUCGAGACAUCAUCCAGGUAUUCCGGAUCCACGCCCCGUGAGAGGCCGCCCUGUAUCCCCAUGCAGAUCCCGCAGGUGAAACCCCGGACAUACAAUAGAACGCAGCCUCCUGACGUCACUGUAGUCACCGCCUUUUUCAAUCUGGGGCCAUUCCAGAAAGGCACCGGAAGGAUAUUUAAUUCUAAAUUGUACUUGUCGUGGUCAGUAGUGUUCACACAUCUGCGAAAUCCUUUCAUCGUUUACACAGACUCGGUAGACAUUGCUGAACAGUUUCUCCAGAUGAGAGCCGGUAAGGAAGGUACAACGAAAAUAGUUCUGGUGGACAGAGAAAAGCUAUGGUCUUUCGGAUGGGUAGAGAAGAUCAAGCAAAUCUAUUCAAUGCCAGGAUACCCAAAGUUCCACCCGAACACAGUCGUGCCCGAAUACACAUGUGCUCAACACGCCAAAUAUGAAUUGACACAACAAGCAGUUAAAAGUAAUCAUUUCAAUACCACUUAUUACACCUGGAUCGAUGUCGGUUAUUUCCGACUGAUCACUGAACGGAGGAAAGAGUUUGUUAUAGUAAACCCCCCAAAUUUUAACGAAUCUCGCGUGGCCAUGAACCAAGUCUACGACGCGAACAUGGACAUGCCCCCUGAGACUAUCUUCAAAGGAAACCAUGUGUGGAUUGGCGGUGGGUUUAUCUUCGGAUCUCAAGACACAUUGCCUUUGUUUAUAGCAGAUUAUCGACAGGCCGUCCAACGCUAUCUGGACAUGUCCCUCAGCUGUACAGACCAACAGGUACUAUUUUCAAUGAAUACGAACAAAGAAAAGCUUAUUGUUCAACAAAGAGUGGCUAUUCAGUCAUAUGUAAACGAUGUACCUGGUGACUGUUGGUUUUAUCUGGGAUAUGCUUGUUACAGGGAAUUGUUACAGUGACGUGCAAACAAACAUUUAUUUUUUUAAAUUCUAAAAACCAAAAUAUACAUUUUCAUGAUGUAUAUUUGUGUUAUGUUAUAAACAUGACAUCAGCGGGCUGUAAAUCUCGUGAAUUUCGAUUUAACAAACAGACGGAGAGUUUUGCGGAUCUGUUUCUUUAUACUUCGGAAUUUCUGAUUGGGUUGGCAAAAUCAAAACAAGAUAAUUUGACCAAGAAGUUUACCUUAAGCUUCCGGUAUAUCGAUGAUCUAAUAUCGUUCAAUGACCAUGAAAUAGUCAAUUGCCAGCCACUGAUUUACCCACCUGAACAUGAAAUCUCUCCACAAGGCUGUAUGACAAAAGGGAUGAUUUCAACUUUCAACUUUGAGGUAAAAUCGAGCGUGCUCUUGUUAUCAGGAUUUCAAAGAGCGUUAUACCACUUUUGCUCACAAGUUGAUUGAUCAAGAUUACAAUAUUCAAGGCCUCAGGAAAGCAUUCAAGAAGUUUUAGGGUAGACAUGUGGAGGGAAUUUCCGAAUUUGAUGCAUCAGU